GGCGUUGACACCAUUUCCAUCUCGCUGCUCACAGAAUGGCGUAGUGCGGCGGCGGGGGGAUUGCUUGCUAGGGUUUUAUAGUACCUCGUUUGAGUAUUCUUGAUCAAUUGCUAGGGCUUCGAUCUCUCCUUCAAGCUACGUAGCAAUGGCUUCGGCUCCGCCGGUGGAUAACUCUCUACUGGAAAACCCUCCUGUGAGCGAGGAUGGCUCUGAAGCAGCGGGCAUUAGCAAGAAGCAGGCUAAGAAGGAAGCGAUGAAGGCUGAGAAGCUUCGAAAGAAGCAGGAAGCCGCCGCCGCCGUUAACGCGUCGGCUCAAAUUGAGUCGUUGGAGUUGGAUCCUCAUGCUGGCGACUAUGGUGACAUCCCUGCGGAGGAGCUCCAAUCGAAGGCAGUGAGUGGCCGUGAAUGGACGGCGAUUGGGUCCUUGAAUCCUGAACUAGCGGAUCGGACUGUCCUGCUCCGUGGGAAUGCUCAGACGAUCCGGCCAGUGAGCAAGAAGAUGGCUUUCCUGGUGGUGAGGCAGUCCAUGAGCACUGUCCAGUGCGUGCUGACCGUUGGAAAGGACUACGGGAGCCCUCAGAUGGUUAAGUUUGCGACUAGCCUGAGCAGGGAAUCGAUCGUUGACAUUGAAGGCUCUGUUUCGAUCCCUAAGGAUCCCAUCAAGGGUGCAACUCAGCAGGUGGAAAUUCAAGUGAGGAAGCUUUAUUGUGUCAAUCGAGCAGUGUCCAAUUUGCCUAUUAACAUUGAAGAUGCAGCUAGAAGUGAGAGAGAGUUUGAGAAAGCUGAAGCGACCGGAGAACAGCUUGUUCGUGUAGGUCAAGACACACGGCUGAACUAUAGAGUUCUUGACUUGCGGACUCCUGCAAAUCAGGCAACUUUCCGAAUCCAGUGUUAUGUUGAAGAUAUAUUUAGGUGCUUUUUGCGGUCUGAGAAUUUUGUGGGGAUCCAUACUCCUAAGUUGGUAGCUGGGUCUAGUGAAGGUGGAGCCGCUGUAUUCAAGCUGGACUAUAAGGGACAACCUGCAUGCUUGGCUCAGUCACCACAACUGUAUAAACAAAUGGCUAUUUGUGGUGGAUUUGAUCGUGUUUUUGAAGUUGGCUCUGUUUUCAGAGCUGAAGAUUCUUAUACUCACCGUCAUCUAUGUGAGUUUGUUGGCCUUGAUGCUGAAAUGGAAAUCAAGGAGCACUAUGAGGAGGUAAUGGAUAUUGUCGACCGUUUGUUUGUUGCCAUGUUUGACUACUUGAAUGAAAACUGCAAGAAGGAACUUGAGGCCAUCGACAGGCAAUAUCCAUUUGAAUCGUUAAAGUAUUUACGGAAGACAUUGAGACUAACCUUUAAAGAAGGAGUGGAGAUGCUAAAGGCAGCCGGAUUAGAAGUUGACCCAUUAGGUGAUCUGAAUACAGAGGCUGAGAGAAAACUGGGCAGGCUUGUUUUUGACAAAUAUGGUACUGAAUUUUACAUACUUCACCGGUAUCCUCUGGCAGUAAGGCCAUUCUACACCAUGCCAUGUCCUGAUGAUCCUGCUUACAGUAACUCCUUUGAUGUCUUCAUUCGAGGUGAGGAGAUAAUUUCAGGGGCUCAAAGGGUACAUUUACCUGAACUUCUGACUUCUCGUGCUGAGGCAUGUGGAAUCGAUGUGAAAACAAUAUCAUCAUAUAUAGACUCAUUCAGAUAUGGGGCUCCUCCACAUGGUGGCUUUGGUGUCGGACUGGAGCGGGUGGUCAUGCUUUUCUGUGCUCUUAAUAACAUCCGAAAGACAUCCCUUUUCCCACGUGAUCCGCAGCGUCUUGUUCCAUAAGACCUUUGGGCCCUGGAUUGUCUGUGGGUCUUAGUUCAGACCCUGAGGAGCGUUUACUAUGUGAAUGAUAAUUUCACAUAUUACUCUUGUAUGAAACUUAUGUGCCAAAUAAGUUGGCGUCAAUGCCUUGUAGAGCAGAGCGUCAAUUUUUACUGUGAGGAAUUACAUUCCUGGUUUAAGUCCUGCUCGGUUUUUAAUCAAACGUGAAACUUUUAGUUUAAACUUGUUGGGUUUUCGUCAUGUUACAGUGUUGGUGUGGAAUUAUGAAUUAAUGCAUUUUUGUGAUUUA